GCCUAACGUCUUCCAUUCCCAUUGCGCAAUGGACCGUGUGAGUGUGCCUGGCGGUAUGUCGGCGGGUGCCUCAUCUUCGUCGGCAUCCGCGUCGGUGCCGUCCGGACAGACGGCGAUGAAGCAGUGGGAGUUGAACAACAGCGUCAAGGAGGACGACUCGGUCUACAAAUACGAUGCGGUCGAGCAGGAGAACAUUCUCAACAACAGGCCAUGGACCAACGAGUGAGUCAGUGAGGCCACAGGAGCGAGGCGGGCUGCCUGCUUGCAGGUGAUGGGAGAUCUGUGAUGCGUGUGUGUGCGUGUUUGUGUCAGUGUGCUGUAUUUCAAGAAGUGCCGCAUCACGGCUGUCGCCCUGAUCAAGAUGGUCGGCACCUACAAAGAGGGAAUGGGGACGCUCCUGACAUCUGUGUGUGUUGUGUGUUGUGUGCAGGUGAUGCAUGCCCGGAGCGGCGGUCGUCUGGAGAUUAUGGGUCUGAUGCAGGGCAAGAUCAUCAAAGACGCAUUCGUCAUCAUGGACGCAUUCGCACUUCCCGUCGAAGUAACCAAGCACAGCACCCCCAAGGCCACCCACCCAUCUACACACACAUCACGAGGCUUGCUGAUUGCUUGCAGGGCACUGAGACUCGUGUGAAUGCCGGCGCUGGUGCCAACGAGUACAUGGUCAACUAUCAAGAGGUCUCGGAAAUGGUAACCUAACCUGGAUCAUGAGAAGCACUCACUGCACAGUGGGGGGGAGCACUGGUAUGCACGUGUCUGUCCGGGUAAUGCUGCCUUUCUCUCUCUCUCUCUCUCUCUCUGUGUGUGUGUGUGUGUGUGUGUGUGUGUGUGUCAGGUUGGUCGCAUGGAGAACAUAGUGGGCUGGUACCACAGCCACCCUGGGUACUUGGCCAACCAUCACACACACACAGACACACACACACACACAGGGAGGAGAGGAAGAGGCGACACCACCACCACCACCACCAACCACUGUGUGAUGCCUGUGGUGUGUGUAGGUAUGGGUGUUGGCUGAGCGGCAUCGACUGUCAGACCCAGAUGCUCUACCAGCAGCACCAGGAGCCAUUCGUCGCUGUCGUGGUCAGCAUCCAGCAAACCACAAACAGACAAACACACACGCGCAAGAGAAGCCACACUGAUGCUCACGUGUGGCGUGUUUUGUUGUGUUGUGUGUGGUCAUGUCAGGUGGAUCCCAUUCGAACAUGCGCUUCGGGCGCAGUGGACGUCAGACAGACAGACACCGAAUCACACAUUGGUGUGGUUGCCCUUCUCUGUCUGUGUGGUCGUGUGGCUGGCGUGUGUGUCAACCAAUAUAGAUUGGUGCGUUCCGCUGCUACCCGAGUGGAUACACGCCGCCGGAGGACGGGCCCAGCGAUUUCCAGCCCAUCCCGCUGCACAAAAUCGAAGACUUCGGACUGCACUGGAAACAGUAAGUACGUAGGUGGACAGACAAUGAUUGAUGGUGCAGUGCAGUCAGUGAGGCAGACAGACAGACAGAGAGGCUGACACACAACACAUCGGUGUGUGUGUGUGUUGUGGUGUGUGUUGGUUGUGUGGUAGGUAUUACCCGUUGCAGAUAGAGGUGUUCAAGUCGUCUCUGGACGCCAAGCUGCUGGACCUGCUGUGGUCCAACUACUGGGCCUCCACACUCGCAUCCUCGCCGCUGCUCAACGUACUGUACCCACACCAACACACCGACACACCCACACACAGCCAAACCAUCCAUAUCACACAGCCAAGUUUACCAUAUCACAAGGCCUCCCACGUGUGUGUGUGUGUGUGUGUGUGUGUGUCAGAACAAGGAGUACUACAACUCGUUGGUGCAGGACGUGGCCGACAAACUCGCCAAAGCGGAGACCACACUCUCAAGCAAACAGUCAGCUCAGCCAGCACAGCCACACACGUGAUGUACCCGACCGACCGGCACACCGCGGUGUGUGCGUGUGUUGUGUGUGUGUGUAAAGGUACGGUGGUCAGAUUAUGGGUGGUAGCGGCAGCAAGAAGAAUCAGGGCGAGGCCGACCUCACAGAAGUCGCCAAGCUCAGGUACGUGCGUGGGUGGACACAUCAAUGAGUGGACGGAUGGAUGGACACGCACCUGACAUCAGGGAUGUGUGUGUCCCUGCCUGCCUGUCUCCCUCUCUGUGCGUGUGUCUGUCUGCAGUGCCCGUGCGUCGUCUGAGCAGCUCAAGGGACUCGCCAACCAAGUCAUCAAGGCAAGUCGUCACACACAACACACACACAGCGCAGUCAGAUCUAUACCAACACACACGCCACAAGGGACUGCUCUGCUGAUCAUUCAUGUGUGAGCUCUAUGUCGGUCGGUCUGUAUGGGUGCGUGUGCAGGAUCUGCUGUUCAACCAGGCCCUCCGCUCAUCGCCCGGCCAGUGCGGCCGUCACCGCAGCGACGUGUCGACGGCCGCCGCCUCGUCCAUCAUGACCAACGGCGUCACCGCAAUGGCCACCGACCCACCCGCUGCUGCUGCUGCCGCUGCUGCUCCUGCUGGUGGUGGCAACCGACCCGCACCCAUGGACACCUCUACCUAGCGCUAGCGGUCAUGUCAUGGGGAGCUCCCGGCCAACACACACAGAGAGGUGGACAGGGCGAUGCACGGAGUGUGGUUGUGCAGACAGAGGCGAGAGAGAGAGAGACGGGACGUGUGGCAGUGACUGGUUUGUUUGAUUCGAUGAGUGAGGUGUUUCCAUUCCCACCCACUCGACGUGACGUGUGUACUUUAGAACGAAACGACGGCAGACCCGACUGCAUCCAUGUGUGUGUGUGUGUGAAUCCCUUUAUAUAUCUCAACGACAUUUGACUGAU